AUUAAUUUAGCAAAAACGAACGUGCGGCUUUGUGUGAUCCUAUGGUGGGAUCCCACACCCCACCAACGUUUGGCUCGUCGGCAACCGAUCGAGUACUGCAGUUUCUUAUACGCGGAUCUGUCACGAGCACGACAUAUCUUUUUAUUCUUGCGCGAUCUCGUGUAAACAGCGAACUGUUUCGAAACAAAAGAAGCGACGCGAUCAAGAUGCAUCUCGUUGGACAUGUUACGAUUUCAUUCACGCUCGUCCUUUUCUCGUCAAUUUUCGUUAUCGGAUUUCCGGAUGGUGCGCCGGUGGACGCGUGCGUGAAGCCACGGCCUAAUCAACCCUAUCAUGGUGAGGCGCGACCACAACCCUUAAACACGAGUCCUUACAAGAUACUGGCUUCGUCGUCGCAGUACGAACCAGGCUCGCAGAUCACAGUUACCAUUGUCGGUGGCCCGUUCAAGGGAUUCUUCGUGCAGGCACGAGAUGCAAAGACAAAUGAAUGGAUUGGAUCAUGGACUCCAACGCAGAACAUGAAGGUACAUGCUGAAUGCAGUGCUGUAACGCACGCGGAUCCACAAGAUAAGGAACAGGCAACCUUCAUCUGGAACGCACCAGCGAACGCACGUGGCAACGUUUAUUUCACUGGAUCUGUACUAAAAGACUAUGCAACAUUCUGGGCCGAUCUUAUGUCGCAGGUGGCACAAUAAUAAUUCGUCAGCAUACUGUCUUCAUUUUUAUCCGUCGACGAAGGGCUUUCGCCAAAGGAUAGAUUCCAUUUUUAUACACAAAUUUUUGAAUUUUGUUUUUUUUGUUAAGUAUCUUAAUACAUCUAUGACAAUGUUAUGCAAAACAUAUUUUAAAUAAAUCUCUAUUUUUGUACCAUCGCAGAAAUGCCGAACGUUUUAAAUAAUACAAAAUCAUCAAAAUGGUUCGAAACGAAUGUUUUGUUCGUUUUAUGGCUCGGUUGUCUCGCGGUGCGAUAUUGUUUAUAACGUCAGAGGCGAAAAAUGACAUGCAAUAAAUUAUUUGCUGCGUA